CUGGUUUCAAAAUGGCUGAUAAACCAGCUACCAUACGUGACGGUCUUGUGGAUACUGAAAGGUUUGAUAAAUCUACCUCGGAUACUAAUUUUGUGAGGACAUGGUAUCGGUCGACGGGAGCGUGGAAGGUGAAGAAAACUGAGUACGAAGGUUACUUCUAUCCAGAGCCAAUGAAGCUUGAACUAAACGUCGACCUUCCACCUGCGGGAAGAACAACUCUCCCAGUGACUAUGUUCAAUUUCAAUGCAAAUCGUCCCAAUUUAAAAGACUUUGAUGUAUCUAGUUGUCAAAAAUCGCAGGAACAGAAUGUUAACAUGCAAAUCACUUUUCCUAGAGGGACUAUUUCAACACGAACCGAACGGGGCUUUGAAUAUACUUUCCUAGAAGUAUCUCUGUGGCAGAAGAAUGUGUUUAAGUUCCGGGUUAAGACGUGUAUGGAUGCACAGAUCAUGUUCACAGAAAAGUGGGGUGUUUGGAAAAAUAUCAAAACAUACAGAGUUAUCCUUGGAUCUGAUUUGAAUCAGUUUAGCACGAUCAACC